AUUCCUCCGAAGAAGCAGAAGCCCGACGGGAUCAUGGAGAUGUAUGAAACCCUCGGCAAAGUGGGAGAGGGAAGUUACGGAACCGUCAUGAAGUGCAAACAUAAGGUUUCUGGGCAGAUAGUGGCCAUUAAGAUAUUUUAUGAGAAACCAGAAAAAUCUGUCAACAAAAUCGCAACGAGAGAAAUAAAGUUCCUAAAGCAAUUUCAUCAUGAAAACUUGGUCAAUCUGAUUGAAGUUUUUAGACAGAAGAAGAAAAUUCAUUUGGUGUUUGAAUUUAUUGACCAUACAGUAUUAGAUGAGUUGCAACAUUAUUGUCAUGGACUGGAGAGUAAACGACUUAGAAAAUACCUCUUCCAGAUUCUUCGAGCAAUUGAAUAUCUUCACAAUAAUAAUAUCAUUCAUCGAGAUAUAAAACCUGAGAAUAUUUUAGUAUCCCAGUCAGGAAUUACUAAACUCUGUGAUUUUGGUUUUGCACGGACACUAGCAGCUCCUGGGGACAUUUAUACGGACUAUGUGGCCACACGAUGGUAUAGAGCUCCAGAAUUAGUACUAAAAGAUACCACUUACGGAAAACCUGUGGAUAUCUGGGCUUUGGGCUGUAUGAUCAUUGAGAUGGCCACUGGAAACCCCUAUCUUCCUAGCAGUUCUGAUUUGGAUUUACUCCAUAAAAUUGUUUUAAAAGUAGGCAAUUUGACACCUCACUUGCAGAAUAUAUUUUCCAAGCAUCCCAUUUUUGCUGGGGUGGUCCUUCCUCAAGUUCAACAUCCCAGAAAUGCAAGGAAAAAAUACCCAAAGUUAAAUGGAUUAUUGGCAGAUAUAGUUCAUGCUUGUUUGCAAAUUGAUCCUGCUGAGAGGAUAUCUUCUACUGAUCUUCUACAUCAUGAGUAUUUUACUAGAGAUGGAUUUAUUGAAAAAUUCCUACCAGAACUAAAAGCUAAAUUGCUACAAGAAGCAAAAGUCAAUUCAUUCAUAAAGCCAAAGGAGAAUUCUAAAGAAAAUGAACUUAUGAAAGAUGAGAAAAAAGCAAUUUAUAGCAAUACACUGCUAAAUACUACAGUUUUGGGAAAGGAAAUAGAAAAGGAGAAGAGGCCCAAGGAGGUCAAAGUCAGAGUUGUGAGGGCCAAAGGAGGAAAAGGAGAUAAUGCAGAGCCCAGAAGGACAGAUUAUGAAGGCGGACAUUGUCAACAGGAAGUAACUGAAAGUGCUCACACGAUGUCUCAAGAUACAAAACCUGUCAUCACUGAGCCAGCAAGCCCUGCCAACUCCAGCAUUAACUCUAAUGCCAUGAAAGAUGAUCUCCAUGCCGGAGGUUGUAUGACGAUGCCACCCAUUAAUCUAACUAGCAAUAACUUCAUGGCGGCAAACCCCAAUUCAAAUCAUACCCACUCCAAUGCAAGAUUAACUGAAAAAUCAAAAAAGAGACGUACUUCUUCGAAGUCUAUUGGACAUGCUAUACCUAAUAGCAGGCAAGAGGAUACCGGUCCUACUCAAAGUCAAAUGGAGAAGAGUGUAUUUAAUGAGCGAACAGGUCACAGUGACCGAAUGGCAAGUGGGAACAAAAGGAAGCUGAAUUUCCCCAGAGCCAAUAGGAAGGAAUUCCAUUUUCCAGAGCUGCCCUUCACAACACAGUCAAAGGAGAUGAAAGGAAUGGAAGUUAAACAGAUUAAAGUGCUGAAGAGGGAGCCAAAGAAAACGGACUCAUCUAAAAUACCAACUUUGCUUACUGUAGAUCAAAAUCAAGAAAAACAAGAGGGUGGAGAUGGCCAUUGUGAGGGGAAGAACUUGAAGAGGAACCGAUUUUUUUUCUGGUAG